CAAAUAGCCACACACUGCAGCACUACGCAAUAAUUUCCCAUUCUUUCUUACAGCUAAUUCUUCUUCAGGGAGGGGUAAUUAAGUAAUAUUACUUAAUGUGGAGGCUGAAGAUUGCCGACGGCGGCGGCGCAGGAGAGGUGAGGAGCUGGAACGGCCAUGUGGGGCGGCAGCGCUGGGAAUUCGAGGCGGCGGGCGCCACCGCCGGCGAAAGAGCGCAGGUGGAAGUCCUAAGGGAGAAUUUCACGGCGAACCGGCACCGGUCCAAACAGAGUUCUGAUCUCCUCAUGCGCAUUCAGCUAAGGAAGGAAAAUACAUGUGGCCCUAUUCCGGCGCCGGUCAAUGUCAGAGAGACUGAACAAAUUACAGAGCAAGCGUUGUUGGCCACACUACGGCGAGCCAUCGGUUACUACUCCACCAUUCAGGCCCACGAUGGCCACUGGCCGGCGGAAUCUGCUGGUCCAUUGUUUUUUCUACCUCCUUUGGUUAUGGCUUUAUAUGUUACUGGAGCAAUAGAGGAGGUUCUAUCGCCACCACAUCAGAAGGAGAUUAUUCGAUACAUUUACAAUCAUCAAAAUGAAGAUGGAGGUUGGGGUAUACAUAUAGUUGGCCACAGCACGAUUUUUGGUUCUGUUCUUAGCUAUAUAGCUUUAAGGUUGUUGGGUGAAGGCCCUGAGGAUGGUGAAGAUCAGGCAGUGGCCAGAGGUCGAAAAUGGAUACUCGACCAUGGUGGCGCUGUGGGCAUACCGUCAUGGGGAAAGUUUUGGCUCACGGUGUUGGGAGUAUACGAGUGGGACGGUUGUAAUCCGAUGCCCCCGGAGUUUUGGCUGCUUCCAAACUUCUCCCCCAUUCAUCCAGGGAAAAUGUUGUGUUACUGUCGCUUGGUUUAUAUGCCAAUGUCUUACUUAUACGGGAAGCGCUUUGUUGGGCCUGUCACGGAACUGAUUCGAUCCCUAAGGCAAGAAAUUUACACACAGCCCUAUCAUGAAAUAAAUUGGAACAUAGCAAGAAACACUUGUGCACAGGAAGACCUUUACUAUUCCCACCCUCUUAUACAAGAUAUGCUUUGGGGAUUCCUUCAUCAUUUUGUUGAGCCAGUGCUCAAACGAUGGCCAUUUAAUAAAUUGAGAGAGAAAGCCUUAGCAAUUGCAAUGGAACAUGUUCAUUAUGAGGAUGAGAACAGCAGUUAUUUAUGCAUUGGAUGUGUCGAGAAGGUUUUGUGUCUGACUGCUUGCUGGGUGGAGGAUCCUAAUUCCGAAGCAUAUAAACAACAUCUUGCUCGAAUACCAGAUUACCUUUGGGUGGCUGAAGAUGGUAUGAAAAUGCAGAGUUUUGGUUGUCAAAUGUGGGAUGCUGCAUUUUCUGUUCAAGCAAUUUUAUCAGCUAAUCUUGCCGAGGAGUUUUCACCUACUUUGAGGAAAGCCCAUGAUUUUGUGAAAGCCUCACAGGUUCGAGAUAAUCCCUCUGGUGAUUUUCGUAAAAUGUACCGCCACAUUUCUAAAGGAGCUUGGACAUUUUCCAUGCAAGAUCACGGCUGGCAAGUCUCAGAUUGCACAGCUGAAGGACUCAAAGCUGUUCUUCUCUUCUCCCAAAUGUCUCCGGAGCUCGUGGGAGUGAAAAUGGAAACUGAGCGCUUGUAUGAUGCUGUAAAUGUGAUCUUGUCACUCCAGAGUGAAAGCGGUGGAUUUCCAGCAUGGGAACCUCAACGAGCACAACAAUGGUUGGAGAAAUUCAACCCAACUGAAUUCUUUGAAGAUGUUCUGAUCGAACGAGAUUAUGUAGAAUGCACUUCCUCGGCAAUACAAGCUCUAGCUCUUUUCAAGAAGCUUCACCCCGGGCACAGAAGGAAGGAAAUCAAAAGCUGCAUAUCAAGAGCCAUAAGCUACAUCGAAAGCACUCAGGAGCCCGAUGGUUCUUGGUACGGUUGUUGGGGCAUAUGUUAUACCUAUGGGACAUGGUUUGCUGUGGAGGGUUUGGUUAGCUACGGCAAGAACUACCAUAAUUCCAUAGCGCUGCGAAAAGCAUGUGAAUUUUUGCUGUCAAAACAAUUACCCGACGGGGGAUGGGGUGAGAGUUAUCUUUCAAGUUCAAACAAGAUCUACACUAAUCUUGAAGGUGAAAAGUCGAAUUUGGUUCAAACUUCAUGGGCCUUGUUGUCCCUCAUUGAUGCUGGACAGGCUGAGAUUGACCCUUUGCCCAUACACCGUGGAUUGAAGCUUCUAAUCAAUUCCCAGAUGGAAGAUGGCGACUUUCCUCAACAGGAUAUAACGGGCGUGUUCAUGAAGAAUUGUACUCUUAACUAUUCAUCAUAUCGCAACAUCUUCCCCAUUUGGGCACUCGGCGCAUAUCGUCGCCGGCUAUUCCAAGCUUAGUUGCCUACAAUGAAUGGAUAGAUGCAUGCAUAAAAUGGUGAAUAAGCUAAGUGAGUUACUCAUUAUCAAUAACUUUCAUUUGUGUAUCCUAUUUACUUAAAAACUUUGUCGAACCAUUUAUAAGAAAGACCAUGUAUCCUAUUUACUUAAAACUUUGUCGAACCAUUUAUAAGAAAGACCACGUGAUGGUUGUAUCCAAGAUUGUUAGAUUAUAAGUUCUUGAAAUGUGAAUAUGAUUGUACUCAUGGAGGUAGAUUGAGUCAAUAUUUUAUGGAGUUUAUGGAUAGCAAAUAAAAUAAAUAUUUGUUCUCUCUCCAAA